CUGAUCCACAAUUUUUCAGAUAUUUUCAGUGUUCGUGUACUCGUCUCGUUUUCCGAAUAUGUUGAAGAAUUGAAGAAGUAUUGCACAUGUGAAACUAUAGAUCAAGCAGUGGAUAGUACAAAAUUAUAGUGCAAUAUUAGUGAUAGUGUUUAAUUGUUUUCAUUUUUGUCCAUCCAUUACGAUGGAUGACAAAUUGAUGUUGGAUGAUGUUUCCAGCAGUUUAAGAGAAAGAGUAUUUUUUGCUGCCCGAGAUGGAAUGGCUCUUACGCUUUACGCAUUACUAUAUGAGAAAAAUACGGAUGAGAUUGACGACCUUCUAAACAACGAUGUGUGUAGCGAUGGAGUGAAAUGCACCCCACUUAUUGCAGCCUCUAGGCAUGGCCGAGAGGCAGCUGUCCGUAUACUCUUAGAGAAAUUCCGUCCUCCUGUAAGACUGGAAACAGAAGGCACUGUAAAGUUUGAUGAAUAUGUUAUUGAAGUAUUUUACCAUUGUGUUGAUGAACAAUUUACCGGUGCUACAGCAUUAUGGUGUGCAGCGGGUGCUGGACACCUCGGCAUCGUGAAGCGGCUGGUGCGAGCUGGUGCCAACGUGAAUCACGCAACGAAGACACUCAGUACACCGCUCCGAGCGGCCUGUUUCGAUGGCCGCUUGGACAUUGUCAAAUAUUUGGUCAGGCACGGCGCUGACAUACACAAAGCGAACAAGUACAAUAAUACAUGCUUGAUGAUCGCGGCCUAUAAGGGACAUUUAGACGUGGUACAGUUUCUAUUAGACAGCGGGGCGAGGGUGGAUGAACGCGCGCUGUGCGGCGCGACGGCGUUGCACUUCGCGGCGGAGUGCGGGCACGCGGCCGUCGUCUGCGCGCUUAUAGAUCAUAAUGCGAAGAUACUUACUAAUCAGAAUGGUAUGACACCGUUGCAAUGUGCGGCGGAACGAGCACGUGCUUCAGUGGUGGAAAUAUUGGCCGCGAGAUCGGAAGUGACGCGUGCGCAGGCGAUAGAGGCGUUCGAACUGUUGGGCGCCUCUUUUGCUAAUGACAAGGAGUAUUAUUGUUUACGGAUGGCGUAUCAAUAUCUACACAGAGCGAUGACGAUGAGAUACGACACUAGAUAUGGUUUAUUGUUGAAAAAACCGGCGGAUCCUAUUCCGGCUUACGAUAAUUGGAGAGAAAGUACUACACUCGAGGAGGUGGAGCGGCUGCACGGCAACCCGCACGCGCUGCACAUGGAGGGGCUGACGGUGCGCGAGCGCAUCCUGGGCGCGGCGUGCCCCGACCUGCCGCACCCGGUCGUGUUCCGCGGCGCCGUGUUCGCGGACGAGGCGCGCUUCGACCGCUGCCUCGCGCUGUGGCGCCACGCGUUGGCGCUGCGGCACCUCAACUCGGUUUCAGUCGUAAAAGAUCUCUUAAGGUUCGCCCAAGUGUUUUCGCAAAUGAUACAUAUUGGUAUCGAAUUACCGUUAAAUCAGGUAUGUUACGUAUUGGAGGCGUGUGCGGAAGAGUUAAGGAGAGGAACUAAGAGACUCGAAAAGCCACAAGCGAAUCACGAUCCUGAGGCACUGAUGGAGGAGUACGAGAGCAAUGUGCGAACCGCGCUUUAUUUGGUUGCCGUGGCCGCGAGGCUCUUGGAAAAUCCUAACAAUGAUGAGGAGACGACGAGCGCGAUCCGGCGCGCGGUGUUCGCGCUGCGCGCGGCGCGGCUGCGCACCGGCGGCACGCUGCUGCACCUCGCGGUGGACAGGCGGACGCCGGUCGACGACUUUCACACCAGCGACGUGUGCCAAUUCCCCUGCACAAGAACAACACGCCUCCUACUUGAUUGCGGCGUCGAUGUGGACGCCGCAGACGAUUCUAGGAGGACAGCGCUACAUGUCGCUCUAUUGUCAUAUCAGCUUAUGCCGGUGUUGUGUCUAGACGAGCGCGAGGCGUGGGGCGAGGCGCUGUGCGGCUGCGUGUGCGAGCUGCUCGCGCGCGGCGCGCACGUGGACGCGAUGGACGCGGACGGGAUCACGCCGCUCGUCGCUGCCAUUGGCGGUCCCGCCGAAAGUAUAGUGCGUUCAGCACUGAACCCUAGGCUUAGUUGUCUCUCUGCCGCAGCGCUAGCGCUCCACGGCGUGAGGUACCGGCCCGACCAAGUGCCCAGAGAUCUACAUGGUUUCCUCAUCAUGCAUGGCGUAUAUCCUUUAUAAAUGUCCUUGGGAAUUAUAAUGCGACGCAAUUUGAAGAUGAAUUCUCUAAUGCUAUAAUGAGCUUUAUAUCGUUUGAAAUAAGGCAUACAGUUUAAAUUAAAAUACCUUUAUAUUUUGUCUAGUUCAUUGCAGGUUUUAUUCAAGGGUCUUCCUUUUUGUUUUAUUUAUUGAUCUGGAUUUCAGCCAAAAUGCUUAGGUCGCUCAUGUACUCUAAAAUAUGUUCCUUAGUUUGGGAUCUAGAAAAUUCUAAAAUGUCUUCCUAUUAAUUUUAUCUUGUAAAUCGUUGAGUGAACCGAAAAUGAAUGUAUUCCAAUUGUUAACUCAUUGUUUUCUGUCUUUAUUGGAUU